AUGACAACUCGUGGCCCCAAUGUCAUGUCGAGGGACCCCACCACUGGUAAAACAGCGCCGAACCGUUGGGAGAAGAAGAAGCCGUCUUUGGUAAGUGAUAACGACGGAGUGGGAGACAGUCAGUAUGGUGAGGAUGAUAUGUCUCUUUCGGAUCUAUUGGACGCUCUGUGUUUGUCUGAUCCAAAUGACGAUGGCGAUCAGUAUAAUGUGUAUAAAGGGGGUUUGGUGACCCAGGAGGAGAGUGCCCCUGAUGACCUCAGGGAUUAUCAAGAUGAAUUACUGGCAUUUGACGGAAUUGAGGAAGACAACCGUACACCCAAGAGAAGGCGAUCAAUUGAUGGGCACACAUCAUUGUCCGAUCGAAAGGACAAAAUAUUUACCCACAAAAGCAUGGGGACAAAUCCCCACAGGUAUACCAUAGACUUAGGCGACUCAGAUAAAAGUGACUCCUCCUCCACCUCAGAUCAACCACGUCCCACUCGGACCCGUGACACAAAAGCCAGUGACGUUUACGCUCGACCUCCCGGUUUAGACAAGAGGGAACAUACUCCAGCCUCCCAAAAGACGAAUAAAAAACGACUGAGUCCGUCGUCUGCCUUUCGAGUUGCAAGUCAACACAUGUUGCACGAUCACAAUUCGACCCUCAACUCUGAAAAAAGGAAAUUCUUCCAAUCUAUCCUGAGUGAAAAUGACGACCGAGAAAUUCGUAAACUUUGGAAGCAAUUAGAAACAGCCCAAAAACGCUUAGAUGACGCGUGCAGUGUAUGGACAAAAGGAGAUGGUGGACGGAAACCUGUGAACAUAAAAUCCAUAUUACUAGAAUCAGUCCAAAGGAGAGAUUGGAGAGAAACAGCUCGACUCAUGUAUAAAAUCCACUUGGAUGGCGUGAAUUCGCAUCAAAUGCACUCUGGAAGAAGAACGUCGGGGAGAGGUUAUGAGAGUCAUCAAGUAGAUCAACGAUCCAGUGUUACUGGGAGGGGAGGAGAGGCCCUAAGAACUCAAGACACAGCCCAUAGAGUAAGCCGGACUCAGCACCAAGUUCCGACAAAGUCCCAAUCUGUCAAAUCGCGUGGAAACAGUUGCAUAGCUAAUGAAUCCGACAGAAGAGGUACAUCCAGAGCAAGAAAAACUCCCAGAAUGAAACAACAUUCCUCAAGUGCAGGAUCCAAUUCAGACACGGCUUUCACAACAGUCAACCUGCAUGAUGGGGCAGAAGUCAAUUUGCUCGCCUUUCGUUCGGACCCUACUGGUUCAGCCAGGACAACCGGUGGGCCACACCGGGACUCCAGGAGAGAAAUGGACCGGUUCAGAGGUCCCACAUCAAUCAGGUCGACUCAACCAUCUGCUUCGGCUCCAACUCCUCAGACCAGACGCCGUGGAGUGGAAACUCCUAAUGCCUCACAGCAGACUUCUGGAAGAGAUCUGAAUAGAGCCCAAGUUUCAGCAGCUGAUAGGAGGAGACAAACACCCAGAAAUGGGACAACUUUCCAGGGCAAAAAAGCAACUAGGGACACUGGACUAGAUCCGCGACCUCCCCGCGGUCCAACUAGGAGAAAUCAAAGUCCCCCUGGUCCCACAAGAACCCACCUUCCCUCUCACUCUGCCUCACGAUGGACACAUUCUUCAGCCAGACUGACGGACCCAACUCAAAUCGACUGCCUUGAAGAUGCAAUCACAUAUGCCUGCAGGAUAGCCCUUGAAGAUCCAGAUCUCAAAAGGAAAAUCAACCAUCGUGGGCAGCAGGUACUGGUGUCUUGCGCGGUUGGGGGUCAAAGUUUUUCUAGGUUUAUAGUAGAACAGCUAACAUCUAUCGAGGACUAUAAGAAAGUCAUGAGAGCAAUGGACCAAAUCGAGGGUGGAAUAUUGGACAUAGAUACCUCUUUGUCUUCCUCCUCUUCUUUUGAGGGUGAUGACAUACUCACACUACCAGCUGAGUAUUGGGAAACAGAUGUAUGGGAAAGGGGGAAAAGGAAAUUGUGGAGACUAUUCCUCAGAAGGAGAUGGAGCGACCUAGCAGAGGCGAUCACCGACAUUGAUGAGCAGGCCAGUAGAGUACAGACUAAUACAAUGUUGCAGCCUGCUCUGAGAAGUUUGUCGGAGACAUUGGAGAGGCUUGACAGUAAUUGGAUAUCUGCGGUAGACCAAUCAUCUGAAUGUUUGUUAAGGACACAGCCGGAGCGAGACCCUCCCGGAGCUGCACGGAACUGA